AUGGAUUACCAUUCCAUUCAUGGUCAUGACGUCGCCAACUUCGAUGUGCCCAGUUCGCACCGACUGCCAACGGUGAGCGCUUCUGCCAUUCUAGACGAGUUGAAAGAUGACUCGUCCACGUACGUUUCAACUGGGCUGCCAGACCUGGACAAGAAAUUGCAGAGCGCGGCGUCUUCAGAGUCACAGGACUUGGAUGUCACCGGCGGAAUCAAACGGGGCCAAGUCACUGAGCUAUGGGGUCCCCCAGGCUCUGGAAAGACGGCCAUAGGCAUACAGUUAACGGCGAACGCACUAGCAAAUGGCGAUACCGUCGUAUGGGUAGACUGUUUCCAGUCGGUCUCUCUUGACCGGAUGGCCAAGGUGGUUGACGUUGCGAAAAAAUCCCAGAUGUCGGAAUCCGACUCCCACAAAGACCCCCAAGAAAGUGAGGAGGCGUUAGGAGGCGUCACUCAUUACAACUGUCUAACCUUACCACAUUUUAUCGCACUCGUCUCAAAGCCUUCGCCAAGGCUGAUACCGGAAAACACCUCCCUCUUCAUUGUUAGUUCGCUCACAACAUUGAUCAAUUCCGUGCUUCCGAAACCUAAAGAUGCGCAACGAGGAAUGCUACACAGCAAAGGUCCUAGCGCCUUUGCCAAAAGGCAGCAAGCUCUCCAGGCCAUCAUGAAAGCCUUACAGACGCUGGCGUCAACUAGAAAGUGUGCAGUCGUCCUUCUCUCGCAAUGCGCCACUAAGAUGCGACUUGAAAGAGGAGCCAGCUUGAUCCCGGCUGUCGCUGCGAGUGUUUGGGAACAGAAUAUUUCGACGCGUAUCGCGCUAUUCAGAGACUGGAGCUGGCAGGAUAACACGCCUAGCAGCAUUUUCUUAGCCGGCCUGCAGAAGCUUGAUGGUAAAGUUUCUGAGGACAUGAUGGAGCACGCUGCAGCUUUCAGUGUGAGCGGAUACGGCGUGGCUAGCGCGUGCUACGAUGGCGGAGGCCGUCGAUCUUCGGGUAUUGCACCCAUGACGCAACACAAGAGGAAACUGGGCAACACAGACUUUGAGGUUCCUGAUAGCGAAGACGACGAGGAUUACGGAUGGGCGAAUGAGGACGACGCCCACCUACCACCGCCACCUUCACAAUGGCAAGGAAGCGAGGAUAUUCUCCUCGGCCAGGCGGUUGGCCGAAGUGAUGAUGGUUCAGAUUGGGAUGAGGGUGAAGUUGAAGGAGAUACAGGUCCAGACCGGCUGACUGGCAAAUCAACCCCACUGAGCGCUGGCUCUCCACAAAGCUCACAUGCGGGCGAUGAUUCGGGCGCAACUUAA